CAAAUCUUCGGAGAGACUGGAGGAGAGGGUUUUGUGCUGGGUUCCUAAAACCCUCUGCCUAUCCAAUUCAAAAACAAUGCCCCAUCUCACAAGCUUCCGCCUCCUGUACUGCUCUCCUCUCCUUUCUCCAUUUAAAUCCCCAUUUCUCUCUUUCUCCACCCUCUCCAAAUCCAAGUCCCCUCUUCUCAAUCCUCCUUCAUUCUUCACUGUCCUCUCUUCUUCGUCUGGAAGGUAUCCUAAACUCCGUCGUCACCCCCACCAUCUGAGGAGAAGGAAUAGCAGUUCUUUCAGGGAGACUAAUAGGAGAGACAAAGGUAUGUCAACGGAGGAGACUGAGUCUGGGUCUGUUGGGUUUAACAAGAGGAGGGCUGAGGGGAGAGACAAGAAUGACAGGCCCAAGACCCUUCAGUUGAAAGCUCGGAAACUCAAUCCUGUCAAUACCAUAUGCUAUGUUCAGAUUCUGGGGACUGGGAUGGAUACACAAGAUACUUCGUCUUCUGUCUUGCUUUUCUUUGAUAAACAAAGAUUUAUUUUUAAUGCUGGAGAGGGCUUGCAACGUUUCUGCACAGAGCAUAAGAUUAAGUUGUCAAAGAUUGAUCACAUAUUUCUGUCUCGUGUCUGCUCUGAAACGGCUGGUGGACUUCCAGGGCUUCUUUUGACUUUGGCUGGCAUGGGAGAUGAAGGAAUGUCUGUCAAUAUUUGGGGUCCCUCAGAUCUUAAAUAUUUAGUUGAUGCAAUGAGAUCCUUUAUCCCAAAUGCUGCCAUGGUCCAUACUCGUAGCUUUGGGCAAGCUCUUGGUUCUGAUGGUGCUCCUAUUCCUGAUCUUAGGAAGUUUUCAGAUCCCAUUGUUCUCAUUGAUGAUGAAGUUGUGAAAAUAUCAGCCAUUCUCUUGCGACCAAGUUGCCUGAAAGGAUCUCAGAUUGUGACAGAGGAACCCAACAUGCUAUAUCCUUCUGAAGUAGGCAUAGAAGGGAGAAGGGAUCAUCUUCAGGAACCAAUUUUACCACAUUCAGCAGGUGAAGACAGCAAAGCUGGUGCUAUGGUGAAGCCUGGUGAUAUUUCUGUAAUUUAUGUUUGUGAAUUGCCUGAGAUUAAGGGGAAAUUUGACCCUCAAAAAGCUGUGGCUCUUGGACUGAAAGCUGGGCCAAAAUACCGUGAAUUACAGCUUGGGAAAUCAGUAAUGUCAGAUCGAAAAAAUAUCAUGGUUCAUCCCAGUGAUGUGAUGGGACCUUCUAUUCCUGGUCCUAUUGUAUUGCUUGUAGACUGCCCAACGGAAUCAUAUCUACAGGACCUUUUAUCUGUGGAAUCCCUCAGUAGUUAUUAUGCUGGUUCGUCAAGCAACCCACCAGAGAGUGCCAAAACAGUGAAUUGUGUAAUUCACUUGAGUCCUGCAUCUGUUGUAAGGGCUCCCAAUUACCAAGUGUGGAUGAAGAGAUUUGGUGCUGCCCAACAUAUCAUGGCUGGACAUGAAGUGAAGAAUGUGGAAAUUCCGAUUCUAAAAUCUAGUGCAAGAAUUGCAGCACGACUUAACUACCUUUGUCCUAGGUUCUUUCCAGCCCCAGGUUUUUGGUCUCUUCGGCAUCUUAACCACUCAAUUCCAGAAUCGAUUGCUCCAAGUGAGGGUUCUGUUACAAAGCUUUGUGAAAGCGUUGCUGCUGAAAAUCUUCUAAAGUUCCAUUUGCGCCCAUAUGCGCAGCUUGGUUUGGAUAGAUCUGGUAUACCGAGUUUGAGCUCUCCCUCAGAAAUAAUCGAUGAAUUAGUUUCAGAGAUCCCAGAGGUUGUAGAUGCUGCCCAAGAAGUAGGCCAAUUUUGGAAUGGGUUUGGAGAAGCAAAAGGGGAGAUAACUCCCAUGCAUGAUGAUAAAGUUAUGAUUGAAGAACCAUGGUUGAAUUGGAACACUCUUCCUGGUUGUUUGGAGAAUAUAACAAGAGAAGACAUGGAGAUUGUUCUUCUAGGGACUGGUUCUUCCCAGCCAUCUAAAUACAGAAAUGUUACUUCUAUUUAUAUUAAUCUUUUCUCAAAGGGAAGUUUGCUCCUAGAUUGCGGUGAAGGAACCCUGGGACAACUGAAACGAAGAUUUAGUGUAGAGGGUGCUGACAAUGCUGUGAGGGGUUUAAGAUGUAUUUGGAUUUCUCAUAUUCAUGCUGAUCACCAUGCGGGUCUGGCAAGAAUACUUACUUUGCGACGUGAUUUGUUGAAGGGAGUACCUCAUGAACCUUUGCUUGUUAUUGGGCCAAGGCAGCUUAAGAGAUAUCUAGAUGCAUACCAAAAACUUGAAGAUCUAGAUAUGCAGUUCCUUGAUUGCAGGCACACCACAGAAAUUUCACUGAAUGCUUUUGAGCGCAGUUUUGAAACAAACAAGGAACACUCUUCUCCAGAAGGUCCAGUCAGUUUUGAGGAUGUAAACAAUAGAAAUACAGUUGAGUUAAUGAAUCAAAAUAUUGAUUCCUCUUUAUUUGCUAAAGGAAGUCGUAUGCAGAGCUAUUGGAAGAGACCAGGGAGUCCUGUUGACCAUAGCGUGGCUUUCCCAAUCCUAAAGAACUUGAAGAAAGUGCUCUGUGAAGCAGGUUUGGAGGCUUUGAUCAGCUUUCCUGUUGUGCACUGUCCCCAGGCAUUCGGUGUUGUCUUGAAAGCAUCAGAGAGAAUCAAUAGUGUUGGAAAAGUUAUACCAGGGUGGAAGAUUGUGUACUCUGGUGACACUAGGCCCUGCCCAGAACUAAUAGAAGCAGCUCGUGGAGCAACAGUUCUUAUACACGAGGCAACUUUUGAGGAGGGGAUGGUGGAUGAGGCAAUAGCAAGAAACCACAGCACAACAAAUGAAGCAAUCGAAGUUGGGAACUCUGCUGGCGCAUACCGGAUCAUCCUUACCCACUUCAGCCAAAGAUACCCAAAAAUUCCAGUUUUUGAUGAUGCCCAUAUGCACAAAACAUGCAUUGCCUUCGACCUGAUGAGUGUUAACAUGGCAGAUUUGCCUGUCCUCCCAAAAGUUCUUCCAUACCUUAAACUCCUCUUUAGGAAUGAGAUGACUGUUGAUGAACUGGAAGAUGCUCUAAGGCUGAUUAAAUAUGCGGUGGGAAAGUCAGGUGUGGAGUUUAGAAGGGAAAUGCAAAGACACUCAGUGGCUGUGCGACAGUUACUCCAUUACAAGGGCCAGUUAGAUGCUUUGAAGGGGGAUGCCCUUAAUAAGGCUGUUCGAGACACGGCUCAAGAAACUAUCUCUGCUAUCUUUGCUGCAGAGGAAAAUAAGCCAGCACCUUCAGAAGAUCUUAAUAGACGAAUUCAAGGUUUUGGGAAUACAAACUAUGAGAUGCCAUCAGAAGAUAAGAAAUCAUUUCUCAGUGAGGUAGUUGGUCUUGGAAGUACAUCUAUCAAACAGGGAAUUAGUAGCAUCACACAAGGUCAUUCGCUAAGGAAGAAUGAUAAUGGAAGCUACAAGAGUCCAAAUCUUCGAAGGUCAUUGACUACAGAAAUUGAGUACCAAGAUAGAUAUGGAGUUGAACAUCAAAAUGAAACCCAAAGUAGUUUUGGCAGCUCAAAGAAUGUUUCUGGUGGGCCUUGGAACCAGGAUGUACGAAUAACCAAGUCAGAAACUACCAACGGAGACUCCAGUUCAAGCUUUGCAGAGAGUAAGACCCGUGAGGAGAGAUUAUUGGAAACAAUAGUGACAUCAGGAGGUGUACGUCUGCAGCCCACUCGAGAUGCUAUUCAGAUUUUCCUCAUAGAAGCUGCAAAGUUGGAUGCUUUGGCUUUAAGUCAUGCCCUUGAAUCAAAGCUCCAUUCUCCUCUGUGGCAGGUGCGGAUGAAAGCUGUUUGUGUGCUUGACUCAAUUUUGAGGAAAAAGGAUGAAGAACAGUUUUCAACUGUAGCAUCUUAUUUUUGUGAAAACAAAGAUGUUGUGUUGAAAUGUUGCGAGUCUCCCCAAGCUUCACUGAGGGAAAAGGCAAACAAGGUGUUAAGCCUUUUGGGUGGAGAGCAAACAGGCAGCACAAUGAGCCCUCCUGAAAAGCCACUGAAGACUGAGACAGCGCCUGCAGUUCAGAUGCCUGACUUAAUAGACACUGGUGGUCCAGAUGAUUACUAUGGGGCAGAAGAUUCUAUAAAAACCCAAAGUGAUCAAAGUGUACCAAAUUUGACAACAUCAACCAGCCCUCUAAUUGAUGAUUUAUUUGGAGAUGGUCUUGGUGUUAGUGAGAACACCGGUGAACAAAAAAAUGAUGACGAUCCCUUUGCAGAUGUCUCAUUUCUCAGUGGCGAGGCUAGAGAACAGGUAGAUGACCUCUUUUCAGGAAUGACUGUUGAUGAUAAAGUGGGUGCUAAUGAGAUUCCUAAGGCAGCGACUAGUAAUGAACCUGAACUAUUUGAUAUUUUUGGGUCAAAUGCUGAACUUCCUCAGGAGCAAGAAAAUCAUAAAAAGGAUGUUAAUGAUUUAAUGGCUGGUUUAUCCAUUAAUGGAAAUGUCUCAAAUACGACACAGAAAGGAAUGCUUCCUGGGGCACUCUCUGAGACUGUGUUCUCAGAUUCAAAUAGUUACUCCCCCAAGCAAGUCUCCAAUGAUGCUUUGAAUGGUUUUGGUUCUGAAACGGCUGGCAUGAAUGCAAAUGCCAUGUUUCCUUUGGGUUCAAUGCCCUAUAAUAUCCCUCCAGGCAUUAUGUUCAAUCCAGCUUUUCCUUCUCAACCAAUGAAUUAUAGUGCCAUGGGGAAUUUCUUUGCCCAGCAGCAGUUCCUAGCAGCAAUGUCCAACUUUCAGCAGCUGGGGAACCUGACUUCUCAAAGUGCUGGCAUGGGUCAUGCUGGUGGAACAAUGGAAGGAGGAUAUUCUUCACCCCUCCCUGACAUUUUUAAUCCACAUAUUCCUACUCAAAGUCCCACUGCAGUAAUGACCAGUUCAAAGAAAGAGGAGACAAAAGCAUUUGAUUUUAUCUCUGAUCAUCUGGCCGCUGCUCGAGAUCCAAAGAGGGUGAUUUGAAUUGGAGCUCUUAUUCUGAACACAUCAAUGAUGACGUGUUUAUUUUUAGGCAAGUAUAUCGCAGCUGGUUAUUUUCUUUCAACUGAGAAGCUGAAUUCUUUUGCAAUAAUGGGACAUCUGGAGAUGUUAAAAGAGUCAUGUUUCAAUGAAAAUAGGACUGUAACUUAUAAAACGGGGAAAAUCCCACAACUGAAAAGGAAAGAGAGUGGAAAAAUUGCAGAUUUGUGGUGUAGUGGAAGAUGGAAGAAGAGUGAGAGAAUGUGGUUGUGUAAGUUUGGUUUCUCAACUUUGGGUAUUCUGUAAGUGGAGGCACUCCUUGCUUUUCUUUACGUUGUAAUGGAUUUGUAGAGUUGUUCUAUGAGGAAUGCUUGUGGUAGAUACAUUUGUUGGAUUGAGGGAUCUGUUUUUAUGUUGAUUCAACACACUUUCAGUCCCAAUCUAUUAUUUGAUUAGAUUAUUGAGUCA